GAUAGUGAAAGUUCGAUGGCCAAAAGACUGUGAUGUGGGCCCUGUAGCAACAACAAUGAAAAAAAAAUUGGCCAAUUGUCAAUGGGAGGUGGUUGCAACAAAAUUACGGGCAUAUGGAGGAUGGAUUAAAAUGUGUGAGAUCAGAGACAAUUUAGAAAAGUAUGGUAUCACUGAACUUGACAGAAGUAAUAGAAAACAGUUCACGAGUAAAAAUAACCAUACAGAAUGUGAUAGUAAUGAUGAAUCAGGAGUAAAAGAAACAAAAAAGGAUGCGAAACAAAAGAAAUGUAUUCUAAAUGUAAAAAAAGGAAAAGAACUUUUAAAACAAUACAAACACAAAAAGCAGAAAUAUUCGUCACAGGUAUUUUUUUAAUUUGUGUGCGUGCG